AUGGACUCGCCCGCACGGGUCGUCCUCGAGACAAACAACACCGUUGCUGGGGUGAAACGAUCUGCUCCGGGCCCUUUGCUACCAGCGUUCGAGCCUCAAUCCUCACCUCCAUGCUUCAAAAGACAUAAAUCUCGCGUCCUAUCAGAAGAACACGAAAACAGAUAUCCGACACCUGUCCCUUCUUCGUCGUCGCAGAGGAUUCAAUCGUCUCCGCCUCCACAUCCUAGUGUCGCUGCUGCACGCAAACCCCUCCUCGCAAGAAGCCAAUCCACUCUAAUUGAGCGUGCUCCGCUAUCCGCACUACCAUCCAUCACUCUUCCCGAAAAUGGUGAACCAGUUCUACUUGGCAGGUCCAGCAAUUCAUCUCACUAUCAGCUUUCUGCAAACAGACUAAUUUCACGCGUCCAUGUCAAGGCGCAAUACCUGUCCUCUUCAACACGGCCCAUGGUCGAGAUUCAAUGGGAUGUCUUCACAUCUGAGACGGAGGAUGCAGAGAUCAUGUUAGAUGUUCAGGAUUCUAGAGUUGUCUUGGCAUGGCCAGUACCAACUCAGGUCCGCCGGGCCCGCUCGUCAAGCACCUCUACUAUUGGCACACCAACUCGUGCUAGAGUUUCCAGAAGUCCUUCAAUUGGAUGGGCUGAUGAUAACGAUGAAAAUAUCGACCCUCUUGGUAACAAUGAACGCACUGAUCGUCGCCUGUUCAAUGUUUCUACUGAAAAGCAAAAUAGUUCCCCUAUUCCUAGGAGAGGUUUGGGUAACACUGGUGCCAUAUUCGAAUCGGAUCCGCAUAUGACAGAUACUUUCUUGGAAAUAUAUGAAGACGAACCAGUGGCAGAUUUUGUUAACGAGGAGGUAAACGAGGAUGAGGGAGAAGAGGAUGAGCAGGACGAUGAGCAGGGGGAUGAGGAUGAGGACCAUAUAGAGCUUCCCGGACCAUUGGAAAAAGAGGAUGCUGCCAAACUACCGAUGGCCCUGGGAGAUGAAACUGAUGAUGAUGAAGAGCUCAAGCAAUUGUUAGCUGAGAAUGAAUCGGAUGAAUCAGAGGAGGAGGAAGAGGAGGAGAGGGAGGAAGAGCCGAUCUUACAUAGCUAUGCACCGGAACCUAUACUUCCACCCAUGGCUAGGUUCUCAACAAAGGAAUCACUCUAUGCCCCUCCAGCAACUCCGGCAACUUCCUCGACUAUCCGCGCAGUAUCUGCUUUGCCUUCUUCCCCUAUACAACGCCGAAGUGCCUCAAUCUCUCCUAACAAGACUAAUACUGUCCAAAAUCACAUCAUCAAUCAGCUUGCCUUCUCACGUCUAUCAUCCACCUCUCUCACAAUUUUAAUGUCUCAUCUUCCAUCCGCUUUGGCAGCUUCCAUCACCAAGGAACGUUUGGUCCAGAUUAUGGGCAACAUUGAUUGUAUUGGAGAAAUCAAGCGUACUGGCAAGGAUGCUGCAGGAAAACCUCUGCAGAGCGAAUAUUACUAUAUCCCCGACCAGGAUACUGAUGAAGGUCGACGUGCUGCAGUUGUUGAAGGGAUGGGGAGGGUAGGGUUAAGGUCUUGCAGAAAGUCCCACAAGCAAUACUACUGGAGGAAGCCAAAGAAGCCAACUUACUAG